AUUUAUAUUCUAAACAGAUGUGACGGCUCCCUGUGCGGGCUCUAGCGCGAUACACAAGCCCUCGCGCGAGGCGCGAGAUGAGAAAAAUCUCGCCUCGCGCUUCCCGCGCGCUCGUGUAUCGCGCUAGAGCCCGCUAAUCCGCCUGUACUGCAGGCUAGGAGACUGUUCGCAGGCUAGGCUGAGAGCGAGAGGUGACUGACAUUUCAGGCUAUUCGUACGGCAGUUUAGUUGUUUUCACAAAGGCCCAUCAGUGUGACUGAAAUUGUGAGUUUGUCUGACGGCGUCUCGUGUUCAAGCGGAAUAAACGUUGAAAUGUAUGGUUAGUCUAAGUUCGCAUGACAAUAGCCUUAUCCAACUUGAUCCGGCAUAUCAAAUGUACAAAUCUGCACAUUCUUUGGACAGGUGAUCAUUGAUCCACUUGAAGGUUCAGUGAUUGUGCGGAACACUCUGACCACGUAGAAUCUAAGCAUCAUCAUGUUUGAAGAAUUGGCAUGGCCCAUUUUGGCAAUAAUUCUAGUAACAUCGAUCAUCAAUCACUUCCGUGGAACCAGAAAUCUACCUCCAGGGCCUUUUUCUUUCCCGAUCAUUGGAAAUGCGCACAAAUUGGCUGCCGAUUUACGCCAUGUUGACCUCAUGAAAUUAGAAAAACAAUAUGGCAAAGUGUUUCGUCUGUAUCUCGGCAGUAAGCUCGUGGUAGUUGCAAGUGGUCCAAGUGCUAUCAAGGAAGUCCUCGUUACAAAGUCGGCCGAAUUUGCUGGACGUCCGAGUCUUUACAGCUCGGAAGUCUUCGCAGAAGGAAAGGCAAUCGGUUUUGUGGAUUAUUCUUCGGAAUGGAGGCUUCAUCGCAAGGUUGCUGCCUCUGCGAUCAAAACGUACAUCACCGGCAAGGUAAAAGAGUUUGGUAUUAAUGAUGAAUUUGACCUGCUCUUGAAGCGAGUCCGCUCCAGAAAUGGACAACCGCACGACAUCACUAAAGAGAUUCGACUGGCCGCGAUGAAUGUGAUUUGUGCUUUGGUGUUUGGCUCGAGAUACGAACUGGAUGACCCCGAGUUUACGAAGUUUAUGGAGAUUAAUGACACUAUAAUAAAGACGCUUGCUGCUGGGAGUGUUGUGGACGUGUUUCCCUGGCUGGGGUUUAUUCCAUUCAAGUCUAUUCAAAGCCUAAAGGAGAAAUGCACUGAACGGAAUGAGAUUAUCAGUAGAAUUUACCAACAACAUAUGGACGCUUGGAGAGUUGAUAAUCCUCAAGAUCUGACGGAUACACUGUUAAAGACAAAGAAACAAGCUGAGGAAGAAGACUCGUCUAUCAAGGGAUUCCUGACGGAUCAGCAUCUCAUCAUGACCAUGAGUGAGCUUUUCAUAGCUGGUAUGGAAACCACUGCCAGCACCUUGUGUUGGGCUCUGAUGUACCUGAUCCACAACCCGGACGUCCAGCAGAGGCUGGAUCAAGAGUUGGAUCAAGUCAUUGGUCCAGACCGGUUACCGGAACUGGAGGACAAGAAGAAUCUGCCACAUUUGGAAGCCACCCUAACCGAGACGCUACGCCUCUCGUCCAUUGGUCCUCUGUCAGUUCCUCAUAAAACGACAGUGGACACCACUCUGCAGGGAUAUAGUAUUCCUAAGGACACCACAGUCUUAACCAAUCUAUGGUCCCUCCACCACGACCCAGAGAUUUGGGAUGAGCCAGACGCUUUCAGACCUCAACGAUUCCUGGACGAGGAAGGUAAUUUUGUACCUCCAAAAGCUGAUCAUUUCCUCCCGUUCUCGGCUGGGCGUCGAGUUUGCUUGGGGGAGUCUUUGGCAAGGAUUGAGCUCUUCCUGGUGUUGGCACGCUUGCUUCACAGCUUCAAGUUCGAGAAUCCACCAGGCUGCGAUCUUCCAACUCUGGAGCCUGUCGGAGGUCUUGUGUUGAUGCCACGGCCGUUUAAUGUCUGUGCUCUCAAAAGACAUGUUGUUUGACUUUUCCUAUCAUCAUUUAUCAUAUAUAAUUUCGGUUAGUUAUUCAUAGGUCUAAAAGGGCUGGAAAUUAAGCCUGGUUCUCGGGAAAUGGGUUUUUGGUUGCUGGUCGACUCAAACGUUAACUAGUGUGAAAUGCGAGACCAAAUAAGAACGCAAGAACGAGCAUGUGUUAAUAGAAUUCAAGGGCACUUUCAUUAUGCCAAAAAUGUCGGAAUUUUCGGUCGGAAUUUUCUCGUUUCGUCCGACCGGAUCAUUCGGGACCACCUCGGGAGGUGGUCCUCUUUGAUCGGUCAGUUCAGUCGGAGCGAAAUUUGCCGUUCCAUUUUGACAAACCGGUUCGUUGCCAUACUUCUCUGCAGUAGAUUUCACAUAUAUGGGUUUAGGCAAGAUAAUAGAAAAUCUUAAGAGCCUGUCCUGUCGGUUGGCCCAGUUUGAUAGGAAAAUGCCGUUUCAUUUCUGCUUGGUUAGUCUCACUGAUUUUCUUGACCGGUCACGCACCCCAAUACGAGUUAUUAAAAUAUAACGAACAAAAAAGCCGAAAUCAGUAUAUUAUUCUGCUUAUUAUAUGGCUAUCGCCUUUUUUGUUUUUUUUUUCACGGGCGCUAUUUCAACUGUCUUCCUUGUUAAGUGUUGAUCAAAAUGGCGGACGAAUGUGAUCAGGGUAUUAAAAACGCAGUCUGCGGACUGCAGACCGGAGGUAAAAUGCAGACUGUAGACCAGGGGUAAAAUGCAGACUAUAGAACAGGGGUACAUUGCUGACUGCAGACUGCAGACUGUUUAACUGAAUCGUGUUCCCAUUUCCAUCAUCAAGAACUAACUGUAAACAGGCUAACCGAAGAGUUAUAUAGGUUGACCCGAGUGAUAUUCGGUCUAACCAGAGUGAUGUUCAGGCUAACCAGAGUUAUAUUCAGUCUAACCAGAGUGAUGUUCAGGCUAACCAGAGUUAUAUUCAGUCUAACCAGAGUGGUGUUCAGGCUAACCAGAGUGGAGACUUUCACUGCGGCUACCUUGAAUAAUCCUGUUUAUAUAUGGUCAGCACUCGAUAAUGGAAACAUUACUCAUUAAAAAAGUCUGUAGUCUACAGUCUGCAUUUUACCCUCAGUCUACACUUUACCCCCAGUUUGCAGUGUGCAGUCUGCACUCUGUAAUCUGUAGUCUGCAGUCUGCAGUCUGCGUUCUUUUCACUGACCGAGGCUGAAUGACUACUUCGCACAAGUCAUGACCCAGGUCUCGAGAAGAAUGACAGGAAGAGACCAAGCAGCCGAUACUCAUGUGAUACUGCUUGUGGCUCUGAUAUGCUCGAGGAAGCCAGUAAUUCCAAACUGGUGAUGCAGGCUAUCCAGAAUACACACACUAUCUUCAUUUAAAAUAACAUGCUCGAACCGUUUGGUUAAAUCUCUGAAAAUCAGUCGGUGACCCCACCCACUUUUUGUAUUCCUCACACGACUAUGUAUCUCAUUGUCUUAACAUAGCAAAAGUUUGAAAGGAAAUCAAUAUAUAAACAAUAGCCUUUGUUUGGCACGAAAAUAUGCUAGGAUAUUUAUCCCCAGACAUUAUCUGU